UCCUUCGAUUAUCGUAGAAGUGUGUUAAAAUUAAUGACGUUUACCAUACGUGAACUUGGCGCGAGACACUACUGGGGUCUUAAUUUAUCUUGACAAAUUCUAUUAGAUAUCUUUGGAUUUAAAUUCUUCUCAAAAAAAAAAUUGAAAGGAAACGUAGCAUGACAGUGACAAAAACGAAUAACACGAUAAGUGUACCUACAAUUGAUAAUGUAAUCGGAAAUAAAAAGAAGAACACACCUAGAAAGAUCGAUGAACUGAUAAAAAAAGAUGAUGAAAUUACUUUGAAAGAUCUGGCACCAGACAACGGUCGAGGAUGGAUCAUUGUAUUGGCAAUGAUAUUCAUUUCUAUGACUACGAUAAGUCAAACACAGUCAUUUGGCAUCAUCUUUAGCGAUUUCUUUGAAGCUUCCGGACGGGACGGCAUGACAUCAAACCUUUCUACUUCCUUAUUUAUAAGUGGUUGUUCUAUUGGAAGUUUGCUGACUAAUAUCUUAUUGAAAAGAUAUUCUACAAGACCGGUCGGAAUUUUAGGAGCGCUCUGCUUCUCAGUAUCAACCAUUUUGUUGGCGUUUAUCAGAAAUAUGUACGAUUUAGCAUUUCUUUUCUUGUUUCAAGGUUUUGGACUGGGUCUAAUUAUUACGGUUUGCAAUACGAUUCUCAAUACGUAUUUUGUAAAAAAAAGAAUGAAAGUGAGAUGCACGGGGGUGUAUGCCAUUAUUGGGUUAGGUGGAAUCAUUUAUUUUACAUCAGUCGUAAAGAUGAUGACAUUGUAUGGUUUUCGCGGUACCAUAGCAAUUAUGGGUGCAAUAAGUCUUAAUAGUAUCGUUGGCAUGUUAUUGAUGCAUCCUACGGAAUGGCACGUCAAAAAGCUGGAUGACGUUCGUGCUGAAAAGGCUCGCAUAAAACAAUAUAGAUUUCAAGAACUGGCAUUGUCGAAUCGUCGAUCAACCAUCGAUGUUAUCCACACAUCUUCAAAGACUAAAUGGAACAGUCUUCAUAGUCUUAAAGAAGAAUGUGACGCAGAGAUGCCCUUAUUAAACAAAACGCUUAAGCCUUCUGCGCAAAGAGUAGCUUCAAACUUCGAAAUCGAGGGUGAAAUUCGCGAAAGGGAGAAGUCAGUAUCUAUGCGAGAAAGUUUAGCGAGACGUGUGUCAGAUCCAUCGGCAUCCAGCUUGGUCAAUGUGACGAUUAGCGUUGGUGCAUUAAGUGAUAUACGUCAACAAUAUUUGGAAAAGAAAAGCUGGGAAGAACAAAUGAAUAAGGAAAUUCAAGAGCAAAAGGAGCAUGAGAAGCAAGACAUCGAGGAGAAACAAAAGGGAAUAAAGUACAAAGUUAUUUUGGGAGAACUGUUGGAUAUGUCAUUAAUAAAGAAUUGCGAUUUUCUCAUCUUAUGUUCUGGCGUCUGUUUGGUAUGCAGCAUCGAUAAUGCCUUUUUCUUUUGUAUUCCUCUUAUAAUGGGCGAUGCGGGAUACACUAAAGAUGACAUCACGCUAACCCUUACGAUUAGUACAAUAGUUGAGGUGGCAUCAAAAAUGUUACUAACAGUUUUUACAUUGAUAGUGGACAUAAAAGCGAAAUACCUAUUUUUCGCAAUUACGAUUGUCAUGAAUUUCCCAAGACUAGGUUUUUUAUUACACAUGGAUACUCUUAUGGGCGCACGCAUUAUGAUCGCGUUAAUCGGUUUAGUGCGUUCGUGGUUUGUUCUACAGUUUCUAGUCAUUAUUGAAGACAUCAACACAGACAAAUUUGCCUCAGCUUACGGCAUUUCUGGAAUUAUUGGUGGCUUAUUUUCGAUAGUUUUCGGCACUAUCGCAGGACUUAUUAAGGAUUGGACUGGUAGCUUCUAUAUGUAUCAAGUCUGUCAACUAGUAUUCCAUAAUGCGUUGAUUAUACCUUGGGGUCUACAAUUUAUCUUUGUGGAUUUUAAGAAAUGGCGGAAGCAACGUGCACAGGAAACUAUUACAAAAUCAUUGAUAUAAAAUAUGUUAAAAAUAAAUUCAAU